GCUUGCAUAUUUGUGGUUUGCUUGAAAACUCAACGUGACCAUCAUAGUUGUCCUUAACUGUCCUCAGGGUGACGGACCAGGCUGCCACACUGUCCACGUUUUUGAGCAGAUCAGGUUUUUAUGGACAAUACUCAAGUUUAUUUUCAGGGAUUGUUUGGUAGCCGGAUUGUGAUGCAUCCAUGUAAUUACAGGGACUUGAAGCUGUCACUGUUUCAAAUUAAUUAUUUAAAUGUUUUAAGCCUCUGGUUUCUCUAAAGCUGCUUGAUGACCUUUACUGCUGUCCUCUGGGCAACAAAGAGCACUUAACAGUAAAUCAGUGGUAUGAAAUCUUUAUUAAAAUAUGUAGUUUACAAAGUUAAGUGAAUACUGCUAAUGCAGCUGGACUCGUUUGAAAAAUACUUCAGAAGGGCAGUGAUUUCUAUGCUUUUGGGUAGAAAUACUGCUCAAUUUCAGGUAUUAUUUCAUUAUUUUCAUUAUCAAUUCAUCUUCAGAUUAUUUUCUGGAUUAAUCGGUUUGGUCUGUAAAAUGUUAGAAAAUAGUGAAAAAUGCCUGUUGCAUUUCCCCAAAGCUCAAAUUGACUAAAUCGAAUGUCUUCUUUUGUCUGACAAAUGGUACAAACCCACAAAAUAUUUUGUUUAUUUUUGUAGAAGACAAAGAAAACCAAUAUUGACAUUUGAAAAGCUGUUACCACAGAAUUUUGCUUAGAAAAUGUUCCAUUAGUAGCGCUCUCUCUCUCUCUGUGUAUAUAUAUAUAUAUAUAUAUAUAUAUAUAUAUAUAUCAAAUAUGCGCAGUGAUUAUUUUUACCCAAUGAUCCACAGUGCUGAGAUAAUACUUUAGAUAAGACAUCUUGUGCUGUUUUUACCUUGUGAGUGGUGAAGCCUAUAUUAUUGAUAUCAUUUUGAAUUGAAGAUACUCAUUUAAUUUUGAGGUCAUAGUCUCUAUAUUGGGACAGACUUGAAUUAAAACCAAUGUCAUCUUUACCAUAAUUGGUAACAAGAUGAUUCCCUCACCAACUCAAAUAUUUAGUUAUGAAAAAUCCAUAUAUAAUCUUACGUAAUGUGAUGCGGAAAUACUAAGAUAAAGUAACUGCUUUCAUUUAAAAAAAAGCCUCAUGUCAAAAUACAGUAGCAGAUGUGAAUCCUUAUUUUUGGUAAGGGUCCAAAGCAGACCAGGUUUGUUCCACAGAUAUGGUUAUGUUUUGAGAUUAUCUGUUUAAGCCCAUAAACCCUCUCUAAUCAGGAAUAUUCAAUGUCUGCUCAUAGAGAAUUUACUGAAAUGAAAUGGUUCUUUUCGUUUCUACAUGUAUUGCUCUGAGGGAAAUGCAUACAAGAGGGUAACCGUGCCUUUCAGCAGGAGUGAUGAGACCCUGAUCUAAACAAAAGAUGCCUGCCGGUGGCUGCACGAUGCUCUGUGUGACGCCUCUGCUGCCUCUUCUUCUGAACACAGUGUUGGGCUUCAAGCUGUGUCCCAGCCACUGCCUGUGCUACGAAUCCUCUGACUUGGUGGACUGCCGGAAUCGUGGUCUGGUCCGGGUCCCUCCCAGUGUCCCCCACGGCACCUGGCUGCUGGACUUGAGUGGGAACAAGCUGACUGAGGUACGCACUGGAUCCUUCAUGGGGCUGUGGUCACUCAAGAUCCUCCUGAUGUCCAAGAAUAGCAUCCAAAGUCUGCAGCCACAGUCUCUGUCAUCGCUGCAGUUUCUGGAGAGGCUGGACUUGAGUUUUAACCAGCUACGUUUGCUCCCUCUGGGCUUCUCUCACAGUCUGUCCUCCCUCCAGGAGCUCCGGCUGGACCACAACCUGCUGCAGUACCUGGACUCUACUUCACUGGUUGAUUUUGAAAACCUGAGGAGACUGGACCUCAGUUACAACCGCAUCCGGGCGAUGGAUGUCAGGGCUUUCGGCAGCCUGUCUCGACUGAGCCUCCUCAACCUGGAAGGAAACGGGCUGUAUGUGCUUCAAGAUGGUCUGUUGUGCAGGCAGCAAAGCCUGGAGGUGCUGCUGCUCAGCCACAACAACAUCUCAGUGAUCGAGACAGAAGCUCUGGCUCCUUUGCGGAGUCUGACUCUGCUGAGUCUCCAGGGAAACCAGCUGAAGCACAUCAGGUUUAAGACCUUCCUGAAGCUCCAGACCACCACCACCCACCUUCAGAUGUCCUCCAACCCCUGGAUCUGUGACUGUGAGCUGCAGCGCGUCUUCAGCAAGAUCCAGCAUGUUCGACAUCUGCGCGUGUUGGACUACAAGGACAUCGUCUGUCAUGCUCCUGCUCAGCAAGCCGGGAGCUCCCUGGCAUCACUCGACAGCCAGCUGUGUAUUGCUGAGACAGCAUCAGUGCUCGUCAUCACCAUCACUGUGAUGCUCGCUGUGAUCGGUGCCCUGGUCAAAGCAGAGUACAACCGCAAGAACAAACAAACUGUAAGUGAUACAGAGUCAGAGAGGCAAGAAAAAUGAUGUGUUUCAGUCAUGACCAGGUAUUCUGGGACUGAGGUGUGGACUGGUAUUGGAUGCCGUUGCAUAAUAGGUUGUAGUCAACCACACAAUAUCAUGUUUCAAUCAGCCCUUAGACCACAUGGUCUGACUGUACCUUUAAAGCUUUCUUUGAAUUACCUUAAUUUCCUACUACGACUGGUAUGGCAGCCACUGUUGCAGAGAUGAGGGAAAAGAUAAGAAGUACAGAAUAACCCUUUAGAACCUUAGGAGAGAACGUUAAGGGGAUAAAUGAUUCAUAGUUUUUCACCUUUAUCUUAAAUCUUCAUAAAUUUGUAAAGCAACAGUCGCCCAAUAUUAAUUUUGAAUAUUUGGAAAGGCCUUCACUACACCACAUCAUGUCUAAAUUAAAAAUAGGACCCUGACUUUUCUGUCUACAGUAUGUAUGCUGCAGGAGUGCCCGCUUAGCAGCUCAGAAACUGAUUUCUAUAAAUGUGGGUGUGGUGGGUAGUACAGGUUACUGGGAAUACGUUUUCAAACAUUUUUGAAAUUCCCACCACCAGCUGACAUCUCUAAAACAUGUCUAGAUACGUCUCCGUCUCUUCUAAAUUUGUCCUUGAGCAUUUGGAGAACUGGUUGUAUUCCAAAAUCUGAUCUUUCUUGUAGGUGCUGACCUUAUUAGACUGUAAGAGCUGAACCACACUCAAUGCUAACCUGUUACAUAUUUUUAUUUUUGGCUGUGAAAUAAUACAAGCGAUGUGAAUGUUCACACCAUCAUGGUCGCCUCAUUACUGGUCAUUCAUUCUGAUACUAGCAGUGGACAUUUUGCUGAACUUGUAGCCACUUUUUUUAUUACAACAAUGGUCAAAAACCAAACUGAUGUAACAAAAGAGCUCGCAGACAGAAAUAAAAACCAAUCUGACAGGCUUAAGGUAGUUCAGAUAGAUUAAAAUCUACAUUGAAACUGUAAUAGCAAAAGUGUAACAACUGCAUAAAUAAGAUAAUUCUGACUUGCCAAUGUUCAUGCAAUAAGCCUGGGGAAUUUGCAAAUGUACUAUAUUACCAACUUAGUAAUAUUUUGGCUCAAGAGAAAAAUUAAAGCUCAACGGUGAAGUGUCUCCUUUAGUUGCAAAUCUACACUCAGUUGCCAGUUUCUUAAAAACGAAUAUCAUCUACAGUAAUACAACAGUCCAUGAAGGUUAUAAUGUUCCGUUUUUGUUCAAACUGUUAAAGAGAGGUGUUGAUUAUACUGUAUGGUCAUGUCGGAAGCUGCAGUUUGUAGUGUUGUUGAAUUGUAUUGUUUUAUACUGACAGGCGUUUUUAAUAUUUGUCUACCACAUUUAUAUCAAUGAGGGUAGACUAAAUAACAGAAUGUACAGUCAGCGUAACACAACAUAGUUCAACAGCACCACAAACUACAGCCUCCAAAAUGACCAUUAUGUUGACUCAACACCUCUCUAAAACAGUUUGAGCAAAAACGGAACAUUAAAACCGUCAUGAAGGUAGGAUUUAUUGCAGGGCUGUUGUAUUAGACGGCAUUAGUUUUAGUUAAAACUAAACUGGCAACUGAUUUACAAAUUCAAUUUAUGAGGCAUCAGUUAUAUUCAGCCUUUCAGUUGAGGUGGUCAUAGAUAUCAAAAUUAAACAACACUGCAAUAUAAUUACAGAUCAAAAUACUCAAACAUGGAUAAUAAUCUUCAGCAUUUUUGUGCACCAUCAUGUGACUUAAUGGCGUUAUUUCAUAUAAAAUGUGAACAGUACUUACACAAAAGAUUAAAAAGCUGUGCUUAUUAAAUUUAAUGAAAUUCACAUGAAUAAAUAAAAAGAACACAAGUGUUUAUUACCAAAUGGCUAUAACUGUAGCCCGCCCGGUUCAUAGACAACACCAUAUAAGUUUAAAUUUUAAGUUUCCCUUUAUUUAUAAAAUAUUUAAACUAUAGUGUAAAACAUUAGUAUCAUUACUCAUACAGUAUCAAUACUCAUCUCAUCUUUUAGAGCAUAACAAGAGACAAAAAUGUAAACAUGAAUCUGAAUAAAUUAUUCAAUCGAAAAAGGAA